AGUCCACUUUCUUUUCACCUCAUAUUCGUCCUCUUUCAAACAGCCUGAAAAAAUGUUCCUCCUCAAGACACAAUCCUUGGCCCUCUUGUUGCUGCUGCUAGCAGUUGCACAUCAAUACUCUAGGACCCAUGCGGCCGCCGACCCUACCGCCGGAGGCGUCCCGGAGGCGCCGCUGGAGUUCUACAUGCACGACAUCUUGGGGGGCAGCGGCCCAACCGCCAGACCGGUCACCGGCUUGCUGGGCAGCAUCUACAACGGUCAAGUGCCCUUUGCCAGGCCGCUGGGCUUCAGGGUCCCACAAGGUGGUGUGGCCAUCCCCAACCCUAACGGUGCCAUCCCCACCUUCAAUGCCCAUGGUGUCCCGUUGGGAACCGGACUGUCCGGCACCAAUUACGUGCGUUCUUCUUCGGAUGGAAGGAACACCGAUGUGCAAACGCAAGUAGGCACGGAUGGGCUCAGCUUGGGGUUCGGAACGAUCACGGUCAUUGACGACCAGCUGACCAUGGGACCGGACAUGGGCUCGCAGCCAAUCGGAAAGGCUCAGGGGGUGUACGUGGCGAGCUCCGGGGACGGAUCUUCACAGAUGAUGGCGUUCACGGCCUUGUUGGAAGGGGGUGAGUUCGGGGACAGUUUGAACAUGUUCGGCGUGUACCGCCUAGGCGUCCCCAUGUCCCGGCUGUCCGUGACGGGAGGGACAGGCAAGUUCAAGCACGCCACUGGGUUCGCCGAUGUCCAGCCACUCAUCCCAACGGGUCAGCAUGUGACUGAUGGCGCCGAGACGCUGCUGAGGAUCACCGUCCAUCUUGUCUACUGACUCCAGAUCGACGGUCAUUGUGGCGAACUGUAAUUGUUGUGGUUAUCUGUGAGUGGAUUUUGAAAUGUGUCUUGCAUUUUCAGUUGGGACGAU